AUGUUUAAUCAAAGUGAAAGAUCAAAACUUAUUGAAAGACCACCUCUAAUACAGGAAUUAUCAGAAGACUUUGAAUGGCUCAUGAAAAGUAUAGCAGGUUUAUCAAAUGAAGAUGUUACCCGAAAAUUUUACAAUAUGGUACCAGAAAAUCGUCAAAAAAUUAUGUCAGGACUGUUAUAUGGAAUUUUAACAGAUACAAAAGAGAAUCGAGAUUUGUAUUAUGAACAUAUGGUUACUCAUGACCGAGAUGGUUAUGAAUAUGUUAUACAACAAUUAAUAAAAAUUGUUAUAUAUAGAGGUAUUGGAGAUUAUUCAUACACAACAGUGGAAAGGAUAUUUUGGUUGAUGCAGACAUUAAUCUCUGCCAAUAAUUACCCAAACACUCUGCCUAGACUUGAUGAGCUGUGUGAGUUAUUUUUUCGCCAAAUUAGUGGUGGUGAUAUAUCUGAUGAAAAUAUUUGGCUAUGUAGUGUUAUGAUGGAUUUUAUAGAGUCAGAACUACAAUGGAUAUAUCAGUUUGAAAGGCUAAUAAAUGUUACCUUUUAUUCAUUAGCAAGUCUGAUUCGUGACCUACAUUAUUCUAAUCAUGGAUUGAAGGAUAGGAAAGUAAGACUAUGCAAGAGGAUAUGGGAUCAAAAAUAUUCAUCAAUUUUCAAAAUUGGCAGAGAUCUAUAUAGAUUAUUAUUGGAACUAGGCAAUAUACCAGAAUUUGGUAUUCUAACUACAAUUAGAAAGCAAUCAUAUGAUUAUUGCAUCAAAAGUAGAAUUACCUUUGACAUGAAAUAUCGCAUGACAUAUCUAUUGGAAAAACAUACUGUGCAAUCAUAUAACAAAAAAUUCAAUUUUUUAAGAAACAGUUUUUUCAGAAACACCAAUGAUCCAAGGUUUUUGGUUUCUGAUAUGAUUAGGUGGUUGUGUACUACAUAUCGUCCCCCAAUAUCAUCAUCAGCAGACCAAAGACAUAUUUUAAUCUAUGCUUUAAUGAAUGAAGUGACCAGUUGGGAAGGAAAAGAGUUGACUAGAAGAGCUUUAUUUUAUGACUGGCUAUGUUUCAACAGGAUGUGUACUGAUCAAAACACAAUAGAUGAAGAUAUAAGAAAUAUAGAACCAUCAAUUAGAUUAUUAUUUGAUUUGAUUAAAACUGACAUAUUAGCAUUCAAAGAAUUAUUUAGUUGGCUAGGUGGUUCUAUUUCAUUGUUUGUUCCUCAAAUUGAAAAUGAAAUCCGAGAAAAUGUAAAAGCUGCAGCAUAUUGGAUAGUGACAAAAAAUAUACUAUGUAUAGAUGAUUUGAUAACUAUUAGAGGAAAAUUAGCAGAAACACAUUUCAUCAAUAUUUUUCAGGAACUAUGGGGACAUUUCUUAAACCCUCCAAAACCAGGAAUUACACCAUUCUAUUCCCCAGCUAUUUCAUUUUUUCAACAAAUCCAAAAAAAUAAUGCUGAUGAUGAUGAAAUUCCCUUAUAUUAUACACCAAUUACACCACUUCUUGAUGAAGCUAAACAAGAAAUCUUGGCUGUUAUUAAUAAAAAUAACAACAACAACAAUAUACCUCAAUCAAAUCAAAAUGUUUCUACUACAAGAGAUAGAAAUAAUAGUAAUGUUCCUGGACAAAAAAAUACACAGGAACAAACAUCACAACAACAACCACAAGGUUCUUCAAGAAAUACACGAUCACAAUUACACCAACACACAAAACAAAAAUCACAACAAUUUGAAAAAUUAUGGAUGUAUGGAAAAAAUUUACAAUUGUUUAAAGAGUUUUGCCAGAAUGGAAAUUAUGGUGAAGCAACUAAACAUUUUGUAGAGAUUUUGAAUAGAUAUUUAGAGAAUGUGGAUUUGGGAAAUUUGGCUUCACCACAUUUAAUUGAACUUCCUAAAGAAAUAGGGCCUAUAUUACAACAAACAAUUAAUUUUGAUGAAUUGAAAAACACAUAUAACUUGGAUGAUUUAAAUUCAGGAUAUCUUGAUAUCAAAUUUACAGAGAAUAAUUUAAUUCAUCAUAUGAUUAAAUGGAUGUAUAAUAAAUUUUAUAAUAAAGAUGAGCCUAGUAAUAUGACAAAGAUGAUGGAAAAGUGUUUUGAAUUGUAUAGAUUAUUAAUGAAUGAAAAUGAAGAACUUCAGAUUAAAAGUAGAACCAAGUUGCUAGUUUUUAGUUUAAGUAAAUUAAAAUUAGAUAAACCAGGAUUUAUUAUGGAUGAUCUGAAGAAAACUAUUGAUUUCUAUUAUAAAUAUACAACAUUUCAAAUAGAUUGUGAAAAAAUUGCAGACAGUGCAGCUGAAAUAAAAAAUAGAUUUUUGAAAGAUUUACAUUUACUUCGAAACUUAAACAGUAAUGUCUUCCAUGCAAUAGUGCCUGGUUUAUUAAAAAGUUGGCCAGAGCAUUUUACAGGUGAUACUAUAUUUAUAUAUUUAGUAGUACAUGGGGUUAAUUCACUUUUUGUUUAUAAAAUGGAUAAUGAUCUUAGACAAAAAAAGUAUUUUUUAUUCGGGAAAGUAGAUUUUGAUGACAUUUUAGCUGUUUCAUUAUUUUGGGGCCAAUUUGAACAAAUGUUCUUAUUCAAAUUAUUACGAGCAGAAAUUGGUGACAAUGAAAAAGAACUAGAAAAUAUAAUAUGUUCAUCAAUUUAUUUAAGAGGUUUAGAACCAUUAGAGGACCCAGAAACUUUAAGUGAGCUAUUAUUACUUUUAGAAAGUAUCAAACCAACAAAAAGCUUGAUUUCAUUUCUAAUCGCCCUAAUUGGUAAUUCUAGAUCAGAUGUUAGUAGGGAUGAAAAAAUGGAUUAUGUGAUUACAAUAUUUUUAAGAUGGUAUAAUAUUUCAUCAACACGUUUUAUAGAAACAUUGGGAUUAUUUUUGGAUGAGCAAAGUAAAAUUAUGAUGGAUGUUUAA